AGCGGCUAACCCGAUGCAAGUUGUGUGUUUUACACGCGUCGCUGUCGGUGAAACGUUUAGUUCGAUCUGUAACGUUAAGCCUGUAUAUCACAUGCUAACGGUAUCAUUUCCACAACAUUGUUAUGGCUAACGUUUGAACUAUGUAAUGUUCAGAUGCCUCCUCCCACUUAAUUUAACAAAUAUUUCUCAAAUGCCCGAUUUACACAAUGUUAACGUAAUGUAUCUUCUGCAAACUAUUAACCAGCUUCGUCGUUAGCUGUCUCCACUGUUUCUUUACGCAAGUCCGAUGAUUGCUUAGCGUGUUUUAGUUGCAGGCCUUGGCUUGUCUAGGACGACUGCUAUGGAUCCUGAACGACAUAAACGAAGAGAGGAAAUUCAGAAAGCAAUGAGCUUUAUCCAGUCAUCUUUGCCUUUCCCAGAGCCAGAGAGUUAUGAGAUGUUUCUCUCCCAGUUGGUAUGUAACUUGCUGGAUGAGGGCAAUUCUUGCUUCCGAGAUGAGGACUGGCGUCAGGCGACCCAGCACUAUGGGGAGGGGGUCAGUGUUGCCCGCUAUGCUCAGGCUGAGGCCCUCGUUAUCCCCCAUGAGCUGCUGGAGAGCCUCUAUGUCAACAGGGCUGCUGCCUACUACCAGACGAGGGAGUAUGAGCGCGGCGUUCAGGACUGUGACAGUGCGCUGUGCGUGUCAGAAGGCAGUCGCAGGGCAUUAUACCGCAAAGCACUCUGUCUGAGGGAGUUGGGACGACUGAGAGAGGCCUAUGAGUGUGGAACCAAAUGUCUCCUCACAGCACCCCAUGACAGGCAGGCUAGUGACCUGGCCCAGGAUCUGGCCAAUAAACUGGGCCUGAAGGGCCGUAAAGCUUACGUUAGCCCGCAGACUGAGUCCUCGGCCACAAAAGGGGAGAGUCAUGGGGAGACUUCCCCACCCACAGGAGAGAUGUCCUCCAAUGGGUUGGAGUCACUGGGUGACAUUGGACCAGGGGACCUGUCUAGUGCGCAGUGCAUUCCCGCUCCGUUGGCCACACCCAUUCCUGUGAGCGAUGACCCGGCGACCCCUGUGGUGACCCCAUGCACUGACCUGUCGGAGAGCCCCAGCAGCCAGGCCCCUCCUAUGCCAUACUCCGUCCCUGUGUCGGAACACAUGGACGAAUGCAGCAGCAGCGUCAUCAAGGACGAGCUAGACAGUCUGCUGGAGUGCAUCCCCAAAAAAGUCAGUGAGAGUCCAGUCCAGGGUGCUAUCCCCACCAACCUUCCUAACACAGCGGUGGGUCUCCGGCCUCCGUACUCCCCAAACCUUCCAGCCCCAUCAACCCAGCUUACCUCAGCCUUCUUCAGCUCCUCCAUGAGUGAACUAUCCCCUCUGGAGCCUUACCCGCCGCUGGCCCAGCGGGACCAGGGCUCCACCCAGGCGCAGGACGCACUGGGAGGGAGCUUCCCCACAGGGGCCACGGAUGGAGAAGGGAAGGCGGCAGGAGUAGCCGCUGGCGGGUUGGACUCGUUGUCUGAAUACACUCUCCCUGGGGGACGAGUGUGUCACAGCUUUAUCCCUGGAAUGCGCAACCACAGUGCUGCACAUGUAAAUGGUCCAGCAGGAACCAACCUGUCUCUACUCUCCAGGAAUCCUCUGAUGGCCACACAUGAGUUUCGGCAGGCCUGUCAUGCCUGUUACAGCCGAAUAGGUCUGCGAGUGAUGGACUACAAAUAUCAGCCAGAGGCAGCACACCGCUGCAAGAGGGAUGUGCUGCUGUGCCGCCUUAAAAACACAGAUGAUCCCACUUGGAAGAGGAUUCGUCCCAGGCCGGCACGGAACAACUUUCUAGGGGCAUUUGUACUCUGUAAAGAGGUGCAGGAGCGUCAGGAGUGCCAGUAUGGGGAGAACUGUACAUUUGCUUACUGCCAGGAGGAGAUUGACGUGUGGACCCAGGAGAGGAAGGGUGCGCUGAGCCGAGAGCUGCUGUUUGAUCCGCUGGGCAGCACAGAGAGACGAGCGCUCAGCGUCACCAGACUGCUGCAGCUUCACAUGGGCAUGUUCAUGUUCCUCUGUGAGGAAUGUUUUGACAGUAAGCCUCGCAUUAUCAGCAAGCGCAGCAAAGAAAACUUAGCAGUCUGUUCAAACCUCACAGCUCGACACCCAUUCGACGACAACAAGUGCCUGGUGCAUGUGGUGAGGUCAGCCAAUGUGCGCUACAGUAAAGUGCGUCCCCUGCACCCUCUCUGCCAGUUCGACGUGUGUCGCCACGAGGUUCGCUACGGCUGCCAGCGUGAGGACAGCUGCUCCUUUGCUCACUCCGUCAUAGAGCUCAAAUGCUGGGUCCUGCAGCAGGACACUGGUAUCACCCAUGAAGAGAUGGUGCAGGAGUCAAAGAGACACUGGCAAAGGCUAGAGCAGAACGCACAGAAGCAGCAGAAGCCUAUCCAUAUCCCCCACCCGAGCAGCAGCAUACCUGUAGGAGGAAUAGGGAGUAUGGGGUGUGGGGGCGGGGGGGUAGGGGGAGAUGGCAUCGGUGGAAGCGGUGUCAGCCCAGUGGGUGGGGUGGGGGUAGGAGGGUUAGGAGCAGGGGCAGGAAGAGGGCGGCCCCUCAACCUGAAAAUGAAGUUUGUGUGUGGUCAGUGCUGGAGAGAAGGACAGGUCAACGAGCCGGACAAGAACCUCAAGUACUGCACUGCCAAAGCACGGCACAGCUGGACGAAGGAGCGUCGGGUCCUGCUGGUGAAAUCAUUUGAGAAGAAGAAGUGGGUUGUUGUUCGGCCUCUGCCCUUCUCCCGUACCUAUCCACAACAAUAUGAUAUGUGUGUACAUGUGAUGAAGCAGAAGAAGUGCCACUAUAUUGGGAACUGCUCAUUUGCUCACAGUCUGGAGGAGAGGGACGUCUGGACAUACAUGAAGAACAACAGCUUGAGAGACAUGCAACAGAUGUACGAACUGUGGCUGCAGCUCACCAAUCAGAACAGACGCACAGAUAGCUCUGCCGUUACCCCGCCCCCAGAGGACAAGCAGGUCACCAUAACAGCAGAUUACACAGAAAGCAUGGGAGGCCGGCGGUUGUCAGACGGGGACGAUCUCUGAGUGUUGGCUGUGUGAAUAGGGAUAGAGGGACAAGCCUGCCAUACCAGCCACAACUAAACAGUCUGUCAUCCUGCCAGUCUGACCUCCUCUAGCAUCUAGCCAGCAGUGUGAGAGUAGACUGACACCCAACGAAAUGGUUGAUGCAACCUAUAUAUACACAUACACAAACACGUUACACAUCACAUGAUACAUAAAUCAUAGGCACCAGUUUACACAAAGAGAAAGCAUUGUAAGGACAGAAAAUACAGGCCUUGGCUUGAGCAUUGUGUUUUAAUGUCCUGCUGCAGUUACACACAGCACCUUUAGGUCCCUCCUCAGCAGAUUAUACCGCAGAAAUUCCACAGACAUCUAGUUUUGCUCUGACUAAAACAAUCAUCUAGUAUUCCCUAGUGGUCUCUGGACUGAGUGUCUCUUGGUUUUUUUUUUUUCUUUUUUUUUUUUUCUUUAGAAAAAUCCUCGUAGCACUGAAACAGUAACAGGUCUUGGGUGGGCGCGCUGGUCGCAGCUCUUAAAAUUUAGAUUUAGCUUGGUUGUAGUUCAAAACUGAAUAGAGUCUCUGCACUCCUACACUUAAAGUUGAAAUUUUAACUUUGGAGUGCCAAAAAUGCCAAGCCCUCAGUGCUGAUGAUGGCUCACGAGACUGGGGGGGGGAGGGUUCUUGGUGGACAGUCCUCGUUGAGCUGCGUAACAACCAAAUCCUACUCUCCUUCCUUUGUGGGAAUAUAGUGAGAGGGUCAAAAUAACUCUGGAGAAUAAUGAUUUUGAGUGUAAUUUUCUUUCCAAGGGGAGUUGUACUUCUUUGUUAUAUUGUCUGCCAUAUUGGUAGAAUGCUAUGAAUGUAAUGCCUGCACGGGCCUUUAAAACUAGGAAAUUAGUCAUUUAAAACCAUGCUGUGGUCGUGGAGUGUAUGCAAGUAUAUUUACAUGCUCAAACAAAAAACUUGUGUAACAUGGCAGUUUUCCCCUCUUUAUUGAUUAUAAAAAGUCCCAUUGAUAGUCAUUUAUGUAAUGAUACUAACGGUUCCUGCAUAGGACGAGGACAGACACGCACACACAUUCACAUAUUAACCUUGUAGUUGCUGUCAGCCGAAACAUCUCAGCUAAUCCCCUGUGGCUAAAGUACACAUGGUUAAUGGCUCAAAGCAAUUGUUGCCAAAGCGACUGAGGUGCUAUUCACCUUUACGGACUUUAAACUGUAUUGGUGAGCAGCUGACAGCGAUGUGAAGCUGGUGUAGGAGGGCUGCAGAGAAGUAACUGCAGCACAGGUGUAGAGGCCUGGCUAGAGCUGCUCUCAGUAAUAGAUCGGUUCAGACCACUGAUGCCCAUUUAAAAAAUUAAAAUGAUGACCUCACUUGGACUGAAGCAAAGUGAAAAUGCUGACCAUGCAGAAGACCUAAGUUGUGAAAAAAAACAGUUUUGUAAUAAUAAAAAAAGAGAGAUAAUUUAAAGCUGUGAAAAGCUGGGAGACGAUGUCUAAUGAAAUAAUUGAAGAUUAUUAAGAAUGUAUUUUCUAUAGUUUAUUGUGAGAAUAUUUAAGAACAUUUAAAAGUAAGGGCAAGUAGCCACUUCUUCAGUUGAACUGGGGUCAUCAUUUCACUGAAAACCAGUCAUGCCCCCACAGCCUUCAAAUGGAAACUUGUGUUCCUCAUAUGCAUCCAAAUGUUAUGUUCCUGACAGCUAACAGUAGCCCCUAAGAUGAACCUUUUUCAUUAGGGGGAAACCUGCUAGCUUGAGACAGACGCGCCACAUAUUGUGCCUAUAAACAAACACAUCAACAUGUGACACGAACACACAUGCAAAAACGAGCGCACAGACACACAGACACACAGACACAGGCAGGACAUCUGUUGCCAUCUUAUUCCAGCCUUUAAUGUGGACGGAGACAUGACAGAGGUAUGUCUUUAUUCAGAUACAUAUACACACAUUAUACAUAUUUACAAAUUAUGGUAUACUACUAAUAAUAAUUGAUAACUUAGCAGUUAAGCUUAAUAAAUAUAUAACCUGAAAAUUGUAUUGAUUACAUAGAAGAAGUUCUUGUUAUUGAGGUAUUGCUAUAUAUGACAUGUAACGCUGAACUAGAUGCCUAUAGUGAUUUUUUUUUGUUUGUUUUUAUGAUUCUUUUUUUUAAUAUAUAUAUAUAUAUAUAUAUAUUUCCUUCUGUGUGGGUUGUUCCAGACAGAGUUUGUACUGAAGGGGUUGUGUCAUAGAUUGAUUUAGAUAGAUAGAUUGAGUUUCAGGCUGAAUGUGUGAAAAUGGAUUACUGAGGGUUACGUUUCUUACAAUUAGAGCAGAGGAGUGAAAAUGGAGUAACUCACCCAACAUAAGAGGCUUUUUUUUUGUUUGUUUGUUUUUUUUUCUUUGCUCACAAGUCCAGCAGCUAAACUAGGAUGUACAGAAUAUGGAAAUAUUCCUGUUCUGCAUUGUGCAGAUCAAAACAUUUGGAGAAGCUGCGUAGUUUUAUAUCUUAAGUAUUCAUCUAAAAUUUGUCCGAAAUGACCUCAGCUUUGUGCAUACAAUCAACAAAUGGCUUCAAUUCCCAAAAUACAAACAUUACACCCAACCAGUACUGAAGAGGGUUACGGUCAAUUGGAUCCAAAUGUUUAAAAGGUGAAAGAAAAGAAGAUUGUACCUACUGAUGUAAAAGAUCAUGAAACCACAGGCUAUCCUGUGGUUUCAUGAUCUUUUACAUACGGGUGAUAUGUGAUAUUCCAUUUAGCUCAGAAGAUAAAUAGAAAAUAUAGAAAUGAUUGUGACACCAAAUGCUGCAGUGUCUUAAUUAGCCAGCUAUUAAAAACGGACUGCCCACUCAGAAUUUAGGACAGAGUUUCCAGGACUAAGCCUAAAAUGCAGAUCUCAGGUCAGUUUUGCUGGUGACUCUGCAGCAUCUUUGGGAAUUGUUGAUAAUGAGCCCUUGUCUGGAACAGCCCACAGGUAUUAGCUUCUUUGAGGGAUCGUAUUGCUACUACUCCUAGUAUUAUGAUGAAUAUGAUGACGAUAAUAAUUGCUAUCUAUUGACUUAUUUCUAUUUCUUCUCUAUAUGCUAUUGAUAUAUGUAUGUUAAUUGCAAUGUAUAACUCUCUUUAUAUAUGUAUCCAUGUAUGAAUAUAAUAAUUGACAGUAAAUAUGCAUCUGUGUAUGCAGCAGUGCACAGCUCUGUCUGGGAGGCAGUGAGCAGAAAACAUCAGCUUCUGAUAGCAACCGCUGUAGGUUGUCAGUAGUACAGUAGACCUGCUAUAUAUUAAUGUUGUCUGAGCUCUGUUUGUAGGCCUUCAGAUUGUUUGGGCACUGGCCAAAGAAAAGGGAAAAAAAACAAGAUGAUGACUAUUAAAGUUUACAGAUCUAUACUGUUAACUGUUUCCUCUUUGCAGUGGCUCAGUAUUGAUCCUACAACAGAGCUCGAUGCUCACUGUCUGUACAGUUUUGUUUAAAUUGUUUCACCAGGCUAAGACAGAUCUGGCAACAUAAGCAUACAUAGUAGCCUAUAUACUCCCGUAUAGCGCCUUAUUCAAUAUACUACACCUAUAAGAUGAUACAUACCCCUAUUGUAUAAUCCUGCUUACUAUAUACAGUAUAUGAUACCUGAUACCUAUUAUAAUACUUAGACACCCUUGUAAGGUAAUUUAGAUAAGAGAUGGUGGAGUUGUUUUUUUUUCUGUGGCUGUGGAAGAGUUUGCUGUGGUCAGUAAUGUGUUCCCAUCUUGUUUUUCAGGGUGUUGUUAGGAGAGUGCCUUACACUCAAAUGCUCUUUAUCAUUCAAUUGUUGUUAGGAGCUGGGAUUGAAAAUAAACAUCAGCCACAAACCAAA